UAUUUGUUAAAUAAAUAAACCUUCUUCAUAGGCUUUUCUUUUCAUGAAAUAUAAAAACCACAACCUAAUUCUCCAACAUUUAACUAAAAUAAGGUAUAGUUAGUUAGGUAUCCUUAAUUUGUACCAUGGCAUCCGAAUCCUCAAGCAUAUCUGCCACUUCACAAGAUGAGGGUGAUUCUUCCCAAACAGAAAAAGUUGAGGAUACGAAGGAGAACAAAGACUUGAAGCCUCAACAAGAUCAACCCUCAAAUUCCAAUCAAAACAAGCAUCUUGAUUUUGUGAAGUUAUCGAAAGACGAUUCGGUUCACGUGUCGAACGUGCAAGAGCACAACUUUUUUAACCCUAUUCGAGUUGGUUCAUCAUCUUGUUGGCCUAAUAACAACGAUAGAGGAGAAGCUGAGAACGACGACAACGACAACGAUGAAGAGAAGAAUUCAGAUUCAAAGACUUUCUCAUGUUAUUUUUGUAAGAGACAAUUUUCUUCUUCGCAAGCUUUAGGAGGACACCAGAACGCUCAUAAGGCAGAACGUGCUUUAGAAAAGAAACGUAAACAAAGGUACGAAGGUGGUGCUUUAGGUUUAGGGCAACCUCCUCUUUUUAACCCUUAUUUUAGUUAUCCAAGUACUCUUUUUACACCUUAUAAUUAUAAUUAUAGGGGACUUGGGGUUAGAAUGGAUUCCAUGAUUCAAAAACCACCUUAUAAUAAUAACCCUAGGGUUCCUUCACAUAAUUUUGGCUAUGGUCAUGGUACUUUGUGCUUGCAAGAGAUAUUAAACCCUUCUCUAGUUAGUUUGAGAAAUAUGGAGGGUAGUAAUAGUGGGAUUGGAAUUCUAGGUGUUGGUGGUGCAACUACUUCAAGGAUUGAAGAUAGUACAAAUAAUAAAAUUGGAGAGAUUCUAAAAUUUGGAGAAACUUCUACAAAUGUUGCUACAAGUUCAAAUUCAAAUAUAGAAAAGAAUAAUAUUUUGGCUCUUACUUUUACCAAGGAUGAUAUUAAUCAUUCAAAGUCCAACAUUGAAGAAGAGUCCAAGUCAGAAUCUUGUGACCUUGAUUUGUCACUUAAGCUUUAAAUAAAGUUUUCAAAUUUUGUUUCCAUGUCAAUGUUUUUG